AUGUUUCUAGAAGCUCAUAGUAACCCUGCUGUCAUUCAGCGAUUGUCGGAUACGAACCGCUUUCUGCUGCCAUUGCCUGACCAGAUGAUAUCUGACACUUUGCUCCAGACAGCACAAUGGUUCAUCCCCAUUCAUGCGGUGUCUGAGGAGUGCCGUAACCACAGCAUCUCCGUACUCGACGACUUGAUGCAUGGUGACAGCACAGCAUUACAAUUGGUUGACGCUGCUGGGAAGCUUGGAUCAGGACUGCUAGACUUUAAGUUGCACAUCACAGGGAACUAUAGGCAAUGUCUUCAAAUAAAGGAUGUCAACAGAAAGUUCUUAGGAAAAUACUGCACAAUAUUUACAAGAGGAUUCAUGUACGAUGAUAAAAAAAUUACCGAAAAACGUUUGCAUUUUUUCGACGUUGCAUACACACUUUGUGUACCGUCUAGCUGCUCAGAGAUGGAUGUGGCAGUUCACGUUGGUACCAAUUUGGCAGAGAUCAAUGCCACUGUAGUAGAUAACGUAAUUUGCUCAACUGCGGAACCACCUCCUUUCCGACUUAGGGACUACUUUGCAAUGUAA